CUGAUUCCUAGUGUAGUUAGUUAGUGUAGGGAAACACUGAGGGCGUGGUGCCCGAUUACCAAUCCUCUAUCGCGCGGCAUCAUCAGAGCCAUCGACUUGCGAUGGGCUAGCGCACCGGGUACACUGCGCGAUCGAUCGAUCCGAAAGACGUGUCAUUCUCGCAGCGCGCGCGAGCUGCCCCGCCGAGGCCCCGGGCCCCUUCGAAGCAUUCCGCACGCAGGCAUCUCAUCUCCGACAGCUCGCCAAGUUGUCGCCCACAACCACAUCCACAUCCACAUCCACAUCCACAUCCACAGCCAAGCCCACCUCCCGCAACACUCAUCCAUGCCAGCAACGAGUGUCGAGGGCGUGGCGCCCGGCGCCGGCUUGGAGUGGCCGCCUGUUUCGGCUUCUAAGGAGCAACAGACCCGGCCGCCACCCCGCAAACGGAGGAGGAUUGUCAUUUCGUGCACCGAGUGCCACCGUCGAAAGCAAAAGUGCGACCGCAAGUUUCCCUGCACAAACUGCGUUUCGCGCAACAAGGACAGUGCGUGCCGGUACGAGACGGGUGCCCCGACUGCCAAACAACAUGGGAGGCGAGCAGUCACGGGCAUGACGGCCGCCCCUAGCGACAUGGCCGGGAAGCAAGAGCUAAGCCAGGAGCGCACUACCACGACAGCAGCAGCGGCAACCUUUGGCUACUCCCACACCAGCGCGAACACCCUCGGCUUCCUCCACCACAUUGAAUCAACAACCAGUGCCACCUCCGCCAACCCAGACAACGACGACGAUGACGAUGACGAUGACGACGACAAAAACAACAGCAACAGCAACAGCAACAAUAGCAACAGCAACGAUAAUAAUGUCGCCGACGUGACGGCGAUCAUCGCCGAGCUGCACAACCCCCUAAGCAGAACUAGCACGACCACGACGGCCAACUCUUCAGACUUGACGACAACGACGACCGCGACAACGACGACGACAAAUACCACAAACAACACCCCAACACUCACCCCGGCCGAGAGAGCCACCCGCGACCGCUACAAGACGCUGAUCCGCCAGCUCCCCGGCCGCUGCGCCAUCGAGAAGCUGUCGGCCCUCUACUUUGCCGAGUUCAACACGCACUACGCCAUGCUCGACCGCGACGUGUUCGACGCCCAGCUGGCCGCCUGGUACCGGUUGCCCUUCAGCCUGCUCUCGAGCGGGCCCGGCCCGGCCGCGCUGAGCCGGGAGAUGCGCGCGUUCCCGGCCGUCGUCUUCCAGGUCUGCGCCGUCGCCCUGCUCGUCCUCGAGGACGAGGACGCGCUCGACUCGGGCGGCGGCGGCGGCGACGCCGCGUGGUUCUCGGGCCUCAAGUACGCCGGCGGCAUGACCUUUGAGGACCUGGCCCGCGAGUACAGCGACUGCGGCGUCGAGCUGCUCACCGUCCUGGGCAAGCGCGAGAUGUCCCUCAACACGGUCCUGGCCGGCUGGAUGAGGGCGAGCUGGCUGAAGUAUGUCGGCUUGGUCACCGAGUCGUGGCAUGCGGUCGGCUCGGCGGUCCGCGACGCCCAGGAGAUCGGCUUGCACCGGGACAGCCUGGAUCCCAAACCGGCGAGCAACGACGCCGAGGCGGUGCUGGAGAACCAGUGGGAAGUCCAACGCCGCAGGAAGGCGUGGAUGACGCUCGUCCAGUGGGACAUCCACAUGGCGUCUGUGCUGGGCCGCCCGACCACCACCGACCUCAGGAUGGCGCCCCCCUCGCUAGCCGUGGACGCGCCGGUGCCCAAGGACCGCUCCAAGACACCCGUGUUGCCGAGAGGGGAGAUUGACCCGCCCACGCCGGUGACCAGGGCUAUCUGGGCAUAUCACGUCACGCGUCCGCUGAAGGAGAUACUGGAACUGGAGAAGGAAGGACCCUGUCCGAAGGACUUCAGCAGGGUCGACCGCUUGCACAACGAGCUCUUGGAUCUCGAGGCCAGGACGCCGGCAUUCUUCAGGUUGGAGAACCCCGAUAUCCGGUUCGACGCACUGCCCAAGUGCGCCUGGCUUCCCCUGGCCAGGGUGGUCUUUCCACAGCUGAUCUCGUUCGAGCUGAUGGCGCUGCACCGACCGUACAUCUUCACGAGGCCAAAGAGCAGGACAGAAGCGCUGAAGGCGAGCCUCGAUAUGCUGGACGCGCAGCGGUUGCAUUUCCAGUCGCUCAGGCCGCAAAUGUACAAGACUUUCUCCAUGUUUUUCGGAACCUUUGAUGCCAUCGUGCUGAUGGCUUCCAUAUACAUCCUCUUUCCCAAGGAGCACCCCGACAUGGUGCCCCGGGCAGUUCAGCACUUCCACUGGGCCGUCGAGCGCUUCGAGGCCAUGUCGACCCGCAACUCGCUGGCGAAAUCGGCCCUGGGCGUGCUCCAUGCCAUCUACAUGCGGAUGACGAAGGCGUUGGGGCUGUCCAAACUGGCCGCCAAGAGGAUGCUGCUCCCGGGGUCUGCGUCCAACUCCAACUUCCAGGCGAACGGAAGCGCCAACAGCAGCAUAGCGUCAUCUAGUGGGUUCAGUCCCUGCGCGACAACGAGUUACAACCCAUCCCCGUCUACGGGGUCCGGGACGGCCAUGAGUUCGACAGCCAUGUCUACGCCCGGGCACGACUUCUCCCCCCCUCAGCACUCGGGCUUAAACGGCAGCACUCAACAAACCAGCGCCGCGGAGCUGACUACGACGACAACUCCGCCCGAAGACCCCGCUACCGGCUUCAGCUUCAACUGGGAUCCGGAUCCGGACUUGUUCACGGUCAACCCGUCCUCCAACGACAACCCGUUCGAGUGGAACCCGCCAAGCGACUUCGACUGGUCCAGUCUGCAGCCCAUCUAUGCCACCAGCGACUUGGUCUACCACAACCUGACCAGGACCGUUCCCGGGGCCCCCGGGGCCCCCGGCGGCGGCGACGGCGGGCAAAACGGGGUCGGCUGGGACUACCAGGCCCAACAGGGCACGUACGAUGGGAGAGGAGGAGGAGGCACGGGUCUCCAAUGCAACGGCCCAGACAUGACGGCGGGAGGCGGGGGAGGAGGAAUGGGCAUGGGGACGGCGACGGCACCCGACGGCGGAGGGGCGACGACCCUCCCGUAUUGUCAGUUCAGAGGCGAUUUCGGGGACGAUAGCGUGUGGAACCUGCUGAAUCAGUAUUCCCCAUUUUGAUCAAAACUGAAAUCCCUGGGCGUCAGGGACGGGCGAGAUGGGAAUGAGUAGUAGUCGUUGAUGCACAAUAAUAUUAGAACGCAUCACUCCCGGUAAACAGGUUGUUGCUUUGAUGUUUGUACGUGGGUCUUACGGUGUGUAUCAAGGUUAGGCAGGGCUGUGUGUUUCUUUGAAUGUUUUGGUAGCCGCGGGAGGGAAGCAAGCAUCACACGAGACACAUUAUGGUUCCAAAUACGACCACGACCACAGGUUUC